AUGGCCAAUGGGACAAUCGUGGCCAAAUUCGUCCUUAUAGGACUUUCCAAUUGCCCAGCCAUUUGUUUCUCUCUUUUUGGUGCCUUUCUGUUGAUGUGCCUCAUAACCCUCACUGGAAAUGGCCUCAAGAUCCUAGCCAUAGGGACCAAGGCUAAGCUGCACAACCCGCUGGACUUCUUCCUCCAUAACUUCUCCUUGUUAGAUAUCUGCUGCCCCACUGCUACCAUGCCCAAGAUGCUGGAAAACCUCUUGUCAGAGAGCAACAUAAUUUCCUUCAUCAGUUGCAUGUCGCAGGUCAACUUCCUGGUGGCUGUAGCAGGGAGAGAAGUUUUCCUCCUGGCAGUGAUGGCCUACAGCUGGUACGUGGCAGUGUGUAACCCUUUGCGGUACAUGGUCCUUAGGAGCAAGAGACUCUGUGUUCUGAUGACGAUGGGAACGUGGUUCACUAGAUUCCUCAGCUCCCUCCUGCACACAGUGCCUACCGUGCCCCUGCCUUUCUGCCACUCCAACAAAGUCAACCAAUAUUACUGUGACAUUCCUCCAUUGCUGGCUUCAUCCUGCACUUCCACAUACCGCCGAGAGAUGGCGGCCCUCGUUGUAGGGGGAAUAUUCCAUGUGGGCAUCUUUCUGGUCACCCAGCUCUCCUACAUCCAAACCCUCUGGACCAUCCAGUCAGCCAAGGGCAAACACAAGGCCUUCUCCACUUGCACCUCACACCUCAUGGUGGUACAUCAGUUCUACAACACCACCGUCUUCAGCUAUUUUCUUUGCUCAUCCAGCUUCUUACUGGAUCAGGACAGGCUGGUGGCCAUGCUGUAUGGAAUGUUCACCUCCAUGCUGACCUCCAUUACUUACAGCGUACAGAAUAUGGAAGUAAAAGAGGUUUUGAGGAGCGUGAUAGGUCGUAAAUGUCAGGGAAUAGGCAUUUUGGGCACCCCUUUGCAGACUCUGUGGUUACCUUCACUGGGGCACUGGUCAGCCUUGGAAUGA